CGUCUCCUUUCUCUGCCCACCGCUCUGCCCUGCGUCCCUACCCCCCAGCUCCCCCCAGCGGCCUGGUGGCACCUGGGAGGUGUCCGGAGCGGCAUGGAUUCCGCAGACGCCGAGUACCCCCUGAGUGCCCAGCUCUUCGGAGUCCGGGCGGAAGACAGCUGCCCCCGUUCGUAGAAGCAGGCAGGGCCCCGGCCCCGUUAGGCAUCAUUUUGUCCUCACAGCAAACCUAGAGGGUAGGUACUCAUUCUCUCUGUCAUGCAAGAGAAAAUCCUGAGGCCUAAAGAAGUUAACUGGCCCAGGAUCGCUCCGCUACGAAGUGUGUGAAAAGACAGUCUGUGUUCAGGGGCAGCAGACAGGUCCCCUGGCAAGAAUAGUGCAAAACAGAGGUGAGUGCUUUCUGCGUCGAGGUAGGAACGUGCUUGCGAGGCAGGGGCAGGAGAGGGCAGGGGCCCGGCCUCUGCUCUCCGCUCCCUUCCCGGCCUGUGCCUCUGAUUUGAGCUGGGCUCCGAGGGAAGGCUAGGAUUUCAGGUCUGGAGGACGGCAGGGGGGCACAGAGGGGCGCCCCGCGUGCUCAAGGAACGAAAAGGUGGCCUGGCACCUGGAAAAGACGGCUUUAGUCGUCAGGCAGUGGGAGAGGAGGCUGCAGGGAAUUGAAAGGGCUUUGAAUACCUGGACUUCCCCGCCAUGGGCGAGGAGCUGUUGAAGGAUCUGGAAUUCUCUCACCAUCAGCCCCUCUCAAGCAGAGUUUUCUGCUUCCCUGGCGGAAGUCCGGGGCAGCACCAUAUUGUCCAGCCGCACUUUAGUAAGGAGCUGGGCCUGAGCAGAAACAGUCGCCCCUCCCACCAAAGAGUGCGAAGGCCUUACAUGCGGCACCCUGGCUCGUUCAAGUGGUAAGAAAACCGUAUAGAUGCCUUAGCGUUUCUACAGCAGGAGUUUGUGCAGAUGCCCUUUCCUGCAGUGCAAAGGUGGCCGCGACGGCAGUCAAGUGCACUUGGAGGCCGAGCGACUGGGACUUCAGUGGAUGGGGAGCUGGGUGAUGAAGCGAGAGGACACUUCUGGAGGAUACUCUUGGAGGCCGAGACCAAAGGGCUGGGACUGAUCAGAGAGGGCGAGCAGGGGCAGGGGUAGAGGUGCCAGCCCAGUGCAGUCCCGGCCACCUCAGGGCAGAACACCUGCCUCUGGAGAGCAGGGGUUGCACCCACAUCCAGUUGUCAUCCUCCACAGCUCUCUGUCUAUCCAGCUCCUCCCCAUCCUUUGAGACGGCAGCUAAAACCCUUCUUCAGGUCAGAGGUCAUCUGGUCCAGCCUCCCCACAACCAACCAGAUUCUCCCAUGCUCCAUCCUUGACAGUUUUUUUUUUUUUCCGGUUUCCCUUCAGACUCUCCUGUCACUGUUUUCUGAGGUGUCCACCUGUGUUCUACUUCUCAGUGACUUUCUCUAAAUGAAUCCACAGUGUUUGCUAGUAGUCACUUUAUUUUGCAAACAGUCACCAACCAUUUGUUCAGGACCCAUUUCCAGAAUGUUGUAAGGAACUGUCGAUCCGCAGGCGCUGCCGGGAAAAGGCCCGGUAGUGGGGUCCCCUGUCGGACCCCCAGGUGCGACCCUGCAGUGCGGGUGGGUAGGUGGGCCGGCCCUUUCACUUUCCUCAACUGCCGGUCCUUCGAGCCACCGUGCGAACUUCCCAGCACCAGGGAAGUCGCUGGCUGAGGAAGCACCACGACUUCACGACGGGUGCCGUGUGUAUAAGAGUCAAACCUAAUGGCAUGUGUCACCUCCCCCACAGUCUGUAAGGUGUGUCGCUGAGCCUGGGACAGCUACAAGAAUGUCUGAGACCAUAAUUCUUCCCUUGGGAGGCGGGGCAGGGGAGAAAAAGUCAAUCUCGGGGGCCCAGGGGACUCAUGCUGUAGCAAAGUCUAACUUUGGUGGAGAUUUGCAGUAAUGGUGCUUUUUGUUUGGGGAGGGGGUGGGUGGCUGGGGAGGGGACAAAAUCGGGUUGUCUUGUGGGGAGAGGAAUUAGCCGUUAGAUUUUGAUGUUUAUUAAAAAGAGACACGAGAUGCUUUUUUAAAAAAGCAGUUGAGCAAUGCCCUUGUUUGUGCCGUUUCAGUGAACCAGCUGUUUUUUUGCUAGGUCAUCGUCGGUAGACAGUUCCUGUGCGAUUAUGAUGGGAGGUACUGGCUGGGCUCUAGUAAAUCUGCAGUUUGCUGUUUCUCCACUAAAACACCCCAGCAGUGCUCAGUCACCGUUUAUUUAGCAGAAUUGCACUGGGCGCCUGCCUCGGGCCAUGCGCUGUGCCAUGAAAGGGGGCGGUGAGGUGGACACGGGAGCUGACCGUAGGGUGGUGAGCAUCACCAAGGGGUCUGCACGGCGUGCUGCGAAAGCCUGGAGGAAGGCAGGAGCCCAGACAUGGGUGACGUCUGAGACACCCAGGGGAGCUAACCAGUAGGCUGAGCUCUGGCAAGCGGCAGAGGGAUUCCCACUUUUCACAUGCUAACCCCUGCCCCCAGCCCGGCUCCCCCUCGCCUACGGGAGCUGGGCCCAUGGAACGUGGCCGGUGGACUAAUUGAUGGUGAUCUUCUGUCUUUAUUUCUGAAAGAUUUCUCCGUGGACAAUGGCAGCUACGAUUCAGGCCAUGGAGAGGAAGAUCGAAUCGCAGGCUGCCCGCUUGCUUUCCCUAGAAGGUCGAACUGGCAUGGCCGAGAAGAAGCUGGCCGACUGCGAGAAGACGACCCUGGAGUUCGGGAACCAGCUGGAGGGCAAGUGGGCCGUGCUGGGGACGCUGCUGCAGGAGUACGGGCUGCUGCAGAGGCGGCUGGAGAACAUGGAGAACCUGCUGAGGAACAGGAACUUCUGGGUCCUGCGGCUGCCCCCGGGCAGCAAGGCGGAGGCCCCCAAGGAGUGGGGCAAGCUGGACGAGUGGCAGAAGGAGCUCUACAAGCACGUGAUGAGGGGCAACUACGAGACGCUGGUCUCCCUGGACUACGCCAUCUCCAAGCCCGAGGUCCUCUCCCAGACCGAGCAAGCAAAGGAGCCGUGCAGCUGGCGCCGCGCCGGCCCGAAGGUUCCAGACGUUCCCGUGGACCCGAGUCCAGGCUCGGGGCCCCCGGUUCCUGCCCCUGACCUCUUAAUGCAGAUCAAGCAAGAGGGCGAGCUCCAGCUCCAGGAGCAGCAGGCUCUGGGGGUAGAGGCGUGGGCCGCCGGACAGCCGGACAUCGGGGAGGAGCCGUGGGGCCUCAGCCAGCUGGACUCCGGAGCAGGAGAUGUCUCCACAGAUGCCACCUCUGGCGUCCACACCAACUUUUCAACCACUAUCCCACCGACUUCCUGGCAGGCGGACCUCCCUCCCCACCACCCCUCCUCCGCGUGCUCGGACGGGACCCUGAAGCUCAACGCAGCGGCCUCCACGGAAGAUGUAAAAAUUGUGAUCAAAACAGAAGUCCAAGAAGAGGAGGUGGUGGCCACACCAGUGCACCCUACUGACCUAGAGGCCCACGGGCCCCUGUUUGGACCGGGGCAGGCCACCAGGUUCUUCCCCAGUCCGGUCCAGGAAGGAGCCUGGGACAGCCAGGGCGGCUCGUUCCCCAGCCAGGACCCUGUGCUGGGGCUGAGAGAGCCCGCCAGGCCUGAGCGGGACAUGGCUGAGCCCAGCCCGGCGGUGGCCCAGGACGAGGCCCCUCCAGGGGACUGGCUCUUUGGGGGGGUCCGGUGGGGCUGGAAUUUCAGGUGUAAGCCUCCCGUGGGCCUGAACCCGAGGACUGGGCCUGAGGGUCUGCCCUUCCCCUCCCCUGACAACGGAGAGGCUGUGCUGGACCCCGGCCAGGCCCCGAGACCCUUCAGUGACCCCUGUAAAUACCCUGGCCGGACCAAAGGCUUCGGCCACAAGCCAGGCCUGAAGAAGCACCCAGCGGCGCCCCCGGGGGGGCGGCCCUUCACCUGCGCCACGUGCGGGAAGAGCUUCCAGCUGCAGCUGAGCCUGAGCCCUCCCCUGACAACGGAGAGGCUGUGCUGGACCCCGGCCAGGCCCCGAGACCCUUCAGUGACCCCUGUAAAUACCCUGGCCGGACCAAAGGCUUCGGCCACAAGCCAGGCCUGA